AUUGCGUGAAUAUGUCAUCAUAUCAUGUGAUUGAUAUAGGGGAAAACUAUAUAAAAACUGUUAGCAUGAUUGAUCCAAAUAUCAGUGUUCUAGUCAAACUAAUCACAACACGCAUCAAAAAGAAAAAAUGUUCAGAUUUAUUACAAUUUGCGCUUUGGUAGCCUCGGUGGCAGCUGUCGUCCAUCAUGGUCAUGAAGAGGAGCAUCACUAUGACGGCCAUCAUUCGAACAGCGACGAUGUCCAUGCUGAAUUAAAAGCCUAUCAUGCUGAUGUUCAUGAUAAAGGAUUCGAAUACGCUUAUGAGACCAGCAAUCAUAUCCGUGCCGCUGCUCAUGGCGAUGAACAUGGCAACCAUCAAGGCGAUUUCGAAUGGGUUGAUCCUCAUGGCGAACAUAUUGCUGUGAAAUACGCCGCUGACGAGAAUGGAUAUCAUCCCGAAAGUCAUGUUUUGCCUACACCUCAUCCCAUCCCCGAUUACAUUCUCCGAUCGAUUGAAUAUAUUAACGCUCAUCCUUAUCAUGAACCCGAACAUCAUGAACAUCAUCAAGUCCACCACGAAUCUGCCCAUCAUAAUCAACAUCAAGGCUCUAACAACCACUACGGACACAAAAAAUUCUAA